AUUUUACAAACACAUAUCAGCACAGGAACAAUUAUAAUCCAUUCAACCUUUUUAACACAUCUAAAUAUGUCUUUCGUCAAUAUUUAUGAGGAUGACCUGUGACCUUAUGUCGUCACUGUGUGGCUGAGCGCGGGACUGUAUGAAUAUAAACAGUAGCCAAACUUUGUUCCCUCAGCGUUUAUAUUGGAGAAGUAUUGUAUAGUAUUUUGGCAGACGAUACUGCCAGUGUACAGACUAGUUUCGGAAUGGGCUCAAAGGUGAUAUAUAACGCAAAUGAGUUUUUCAAUUCUCUUCGUUGUCUACAAGAAGAGGAAAGCAGCGAUUCACUGACAUACAAGGAAGACAUCCAAAUAUUAAAGAUAAACGGGGACAAAUUUGAUGCGUUGAAUUUGUACUCUGGAAACCAGACCAUUUUCGUCUGCGAAAAAGCUGUUGCUAAAUUAAAUGGACCGGAUGAUUCACAAGUGAAGAACAUGUCAAACUGCUCGGGUGAUGAGCUUGAUAACAGUGCUGAUGAUCUGCAAACAGAGCCGGGACCACAGCCACUCACAACCAUCAGAGCAAGGGAGCUGCUUUCUUGGUACACAUUGUCUCAGAACGCUGGUGUGCAGGGUGUGAACAGCAGUCUUAUGCCCUUACACCCUCUGUGGGUGCGAUGUGAUAUGUCUGACCCAGAUGGAACCUUUUGGUUUGGGGCUGAACCAGUCUGCAUGAACAAUAAAGUAACUGGAAUGAAGUUGUACUCCGUUACCAGCAAAGGAUCAACUGUUGACAAAAAAUCUCUCGUAACCUUAGAGGAACUGAAACAAGAGCAUAAGAAAAGGCAUCAUCCAUCCUCUAUGGGCAUUAGAGGCAGUGCACGAUUCACCUUGUUUGGUUCAACUAUUGUUGAAAACACCACCAUCGAGUCACAGAGCAGCGUCACGGUCGAUUUUAAGUGGAGUCAUGUGGAGAGUAUCCUGGAGAUCCCACCUCUCUCAUCUACAGCGAUGCUAAAUAUCAAAGUUGCAAGUGGAGACAUGAGAAGUCCAAUGUUUGAGAUGUACAGGGAGCUGGAGUUUCUUCAGAUUCUUGCUGAUGGUUUGAGAACUGGUGAGACUGAAUGGUUGGAGCCUUUGGAAAGUAUGUCAGCUGUAAAUCUGACCAAAGCCUACCUGGAAGAGCUUCAAAACACUGCAAAAACACUGCAGGAUCAGGCUGCGAAAAAGGCUGAGAUCUCAAAGACAAAGUCUGAGACAGAACCUCAGAUUUUCGACUCUUUCUUGGAAAGAGGUGAUUUGGAUUUUGUGGAGCAGCUGUGGGUUCGGAUGAGAAAAAGUGUGACCUCAUAUCAGGACAUUGGAGACUGCCUGAAGCUGGUCAUUGAAGCUUUAAGAUAUGGAGACAUUAAGCCCUGGAUUCAUAGGGACAGCAGCAGCUCCCUCAGUAAACUUAUUCUGCAGUCGUAUCACCAGCAGAUCGAUCCUGUGUCUCUCACAGGAGUCACUCCUGUCAACAUGCUGCUGGAGAUGGGUCUGGACAAAAUGAGAAAAGACUAUAUUAACUACCUCAUUGGUGAAGAAUUGACGACUCUUAACCAUUUGUAUUAUUACCUGAGCACAGAUGUUGACCUGCAAGAGCAAGUGAUCCGACUCAGAAAACUGCACCACCUGCUGGAAAUCAUUGUGACCUGCAGUACAUUCCUGGGUUUGCCCUACGACCGGCUCUUCCUCCUCACGCAAUCUUGUUUGCAACACUACAAAAUGGAACCAUUUGAUGAGGAGCACGAAUUCAAACUGCAAAUAAAACCUGCCCUGAUCAGCCAUUUUUAUCAAAAGGAGCACCCAGUACUGUGGAGGGUUGAGUUAACCAGUGGCCAUGGUCCCCGUGAGGUGCAGACAUCAUUACAGCUCAGUGACAGGCCGCUGGUUGAUCAUGUCAUCUUGGAAACCAAUUACGCCAAUGAAACAGUCAAUGGGGACAGCGAGGAACCGGCUUUCUUCUCUGCCAUGAUGUCCUGCAGCCUCGUCAGCUUUCCAUGAAUUUACAGUC